AUGGCCCGUCCAGGACCUGAGUAUGUGUGUGCAACAUGGGGUGCCUGGCUUGCCGGCUGCAUUUCAGUGCCCCUCGCAGUGUCACACACAAACAGGGAGAUAGGCUACGUCCUGAGAGACGCUGGUGUGUCCAUGGUGCUGUCAUCUGAGGGUCUUCUGGAUAAACCCACUCUUGCUACAGCUGCACCAGAUGCUGAAAUCAAACAGCUUCAGUCUGUUGGCUGGUAUGCCACCUUGGCUGACGAAAACGAAGGUGAAUAUGGUGAUUUCCAGCUGAAUCCGGAGGCUGGUGCGAUCAUCAUAUACACGAGCGGGACCACAGGACGCGCGAAAGGUGCCCUCCAUACCCACAG